UAAUGGAGCAAAAAGAGAAAAAGGGAAAAAAAUAAUAGGAUUCAACAGUAGAUAAAUUGAAAUGUAUUUCAGAGAUAGUUGCAGAAUUGAUUAAGUAAUAUGAUAGUAAUCAGAAAAUAAAUUUAUCACAAAUUAAAGCUGAGUUUUCUAAAAAAAAUAAGAUUUCAGGAGCACCUAAAAUAGUAGAAAUCUUAUCAGCAAUUCCAGAUGAUUAUAAGGAUAAAUUGAUUCCUAUUUUGAAAGCUAAACCUGUUAGAACAGCAUCAGGUAUAGCUGUGGUUGCAGUAAUGGCUAAACCUCAUAGAUGUCCACAUAUAGCUGUUACAGGGAAUAUUUGUAUUUAUUGUCCAGGAGUAUGAACAUUUAUAAAACUAUUUAAGGGACCUGAUAGUGAUUUCGAAUAUUCAACUCAAAGUUAUACAGGUUAUGAACCUACAAGUAUGAGAGCAAUUAGAGCUAGAUAUAAUCCAUAUAUAUAAGCAAGAGAUAGAAUAGCUUAAUUAAAAUAAUUAGGACAUGAUUGUGAUAAAGUUGAAUAUAUUAUAAUGGGUGGAACAUUUAUGUCUUUGGAUUAAGAAUAUAGAGAUUAUUUUAUUAGAAAUUUACAUGAUGCUUUAAGUGGUCAUCGUUCAUAAACAGUUAAAGAAUCAGUUCAAUUCUCUGAAGAGAGUAGAUCUAAAUGUAUAGGAAUAACAAUAGAAACAAGACCUGAUUUUUGUCAGAAAAGUCAUUUAAGUGAUAUGUUAUUAUAUGGAUGUACUCGUAUUGAAGUUGGUGUUCAAUCAAUCUAUGAAGAUAGUAAUUAUUAUAAUCUUAUAAAUAAGUUGCAAGAGAUACUAAUAGAGGACAUACAGUUGAAUCAGUCAAAAAAUGUUUUGCAAUGAGCAAAGAUAGUGGAUAUAAAGUAGUAACACAUAUGAUGCCUGAUUUACCUAAUAUGGGAGUAGAAAGAGAUUUAGAGAGUUUUAAAGAGUUUUUUGAAAAUCCUGAUUUUAGACCAGAUGGAUUGAAAGUAUAUUAGAAUUUAUUAUUAGAUAUAUCCUACUCUUGUUAUUAGAGGUACUGGAUUAUAUGAAUUAUGGAAAAAUGGAUAAUAUAGAAAUUAUCCUCCUGAUUUUUUAGUUGAUGUUGUUGCUAAAAUACUUGCUUUAGUUCCACCUUGGACUAGAGUCUAUAGAAUUUAAAGGGAUAUUCCUAUGCCUUUAGUUACAUCAGGAGUAGAUAAUGGAAAUUUGAGAGAAUUAUCAUUAUAAAGAAUGAAAGAUUUAAAUGUUGCUUGUAGAGAUGUUAGAACUAGAGAAGUUGGAAUUAAAGAAGUUCAUCAUAAAAUUAAACCAGAAUAAGUUGAAUUAAUUAGAAGAGAUUAUACAGCUAAUGAUGGAUGGGAAACAUUUCUAUCAUAUGAAGAUCCUUCUUAAGAUAUUUUAAUAGGAUUAUUGAGACUUAGAAGAUUGGAUAAACAUACAUUCAGAAAAGAAUUAAUUUAAGAACCUACUUCUAUGGUUAGAGAAUUGCAUGUAUAUGGUUCAGUAGUACCAAUACAUUCAAGAGAUCCUUCUAAAUUUUAACAUUAAGGAUAUGGUACAUUACUUAUGGAAGAAGCAGAAAAAAUUGCAAGAGAAGAACAUGGUAGUACUAAAAUGGCAGUUAUUGCAGGUAUUGGAACAAGACAUUAUUAUCGUAAAUUAGGAUAUCAUACUGAAGGAGUAUAUAUGGUUAAAAAAUUAGUAUGA